UUUUUUUUUUUACAUUCUCUUCUCUUGGCGUGAGGAUUGAAGCCUCUCGUAUGUUAUUUAUAUUCCCCCAGGAGUCGCCGGACGGCUUCAUAUUAUCCCUUUUUUAUACCUUUUUCUUCAACAGGUUUAUAGUCGCCGGAUUUUCGACUUUUAUACUUUCACUUUUUGUAUACUCUGUUUUAGGUAGUUAACUGAGUAACUUGGGUAUUUGAACACCAUGUCGGAAGAUAUGGGAAAUGCAAAGCCCGUUUGUGGCGGUGGUAAGGAAGCUGGAGAAUACGAUCUUCCUCUACACACGGUUGGACUGUUCCUUGUCCUAGCUGCAUCAAUCUUCGGGGCUGGCUUUCCCGUAGCCGCGAAGAAGAUCAGCUGGCUGAAGGUACCAGAUAAGGUGUUCUUCGCCUGCAAACAUUUCGGAACGGGUGUCCUAAUAGCAACUGCUUUUGUCCAUCUUCUCCCUACAGCCUGGUUCAGUCUUUCAGACCCAUGCCUUCCAGAUCUCUUUACUGAGCAAUACCCCCCGCUUCCUGGUGUCAUCAUGAUGGGUUCCCUCUUUUGUCUAUUUAUGAUUGAGAUGUGGAUGAACAACAAGAUGGGCGGACAUUCCCACGGCGGUGCCGCAGGCUUCGAGCACGCACCCCCCCCAGUUAUGGUUCCUCAGCCCCAGUCCCAGCCGCAGCACCGUGCGCAGCCAUCUGAUGCGACUAUGGUGGGCUUUGACGUCGAAGACACAGAAUACGAGAAGAGGAUGGCCAAGGAGAUGUACGAGAACAACCCAUACUCAUACCGCGAGAACGACCUGGACCUUCCCCGAUCUGAAAUGCCUCCGUGGUUCGUCGUUUUCUACGAGCAAUAUGUCCGCCAGCGUCUCGAGCUCGUCAACAUGAUCAAGGCAUCUGGUGGCAACUUUCCAGUACAGUCGGAUCCCAAGCAGGACGUAGUGGUCACCGAAAAGAGCAUGUUUGACGAGGAGGGCCAGCCGGUUGACCCCAUGAUCUACCGGAGGAUGUCCAUGAACAUUACACUGCUUGAGGGUGGUAUCCUUUUCCACUCCGUCUUCGUCGGAAUGACUGUUUCUAUCACCAUCGAGGGCUUUGUCGUUCUCCUGAUCGCUAUCCUUUUCCACCAAAUGUUCGAAGGCCUUGGUCUUGGUUCUCGUAUCGCCGCUGUUCCGUACCCUAAGGGCAGUAUCCGACCCUGGCUAUUAGUGUUCGCUUUCGGAACGACCGCCCCUAUUGGACAGGCCAUCGGCUUGGCUGCGCGUAACAGCUACGACCCUAACAGCGCCUUCGGCUUGAUUAUCGUCGGUGUCUUCAACUCCAUCUCUUCUGGUCUUUUGAUCUACGCCGCUCUGGUUGACCUGCUCGCUGAAGACUUCCUCUCCGAGGAAUCCAGCAAAGUGUUGACGAUGAAGCAGAAGAAGGUUGCUUUUAUGUUUGUCAUAUUAGGAGCUAUCGGCAUGUCUAUUGUCGGUGCCUUUGCUUGAAGAACCAACCUCGAGAGUCGCGAGAAGAGCCGGGGAAACGAAAACAUGAAGCCACGAUAUCAUAGUAGUAUUAUUAUGCUACUUAAGUUGCGCUACUUCAACAGAAUGGCAUAAAGUGAGCCAUCAAGCGGGUAGAAAAUAAUAGGGUGACGGGCCAUGGCAGGAAGCUAGGAUAUUGGAAGUCGUUGUUAUAAAAGGUCUCCCCUGUCAAAUUCUCACAAGUUGUUUCCGUACAUGGAGAGUAAUUUUUACAACACAGUCCUUACCGCAUGUACCUGUCUUAGCACCGUCAUCUAUGCAGCGUUUGGUUGGUUUGAGCAUAGGAACAUCUGAGGGUUUGAUCUCU